AUGACGAGUUGUUCUCAAUAUUCUCUUCGCCAAUCUGGCAUCUACUGUAACCUGCCUACCUUUGACCCCAAUGUUAAGGGCCUCAAAGCCAUAGUUGGCGAUGCAUCGAGAAUUUCUGGCUUCCACACCAUUCGAGCACUACCAGACACACCGGUUCUUUGGGUAAAAGUUUAUGCAUUUUUGUCUGCCGAAGAGAUUGCGCAAUCACUUCGUGAAGCGGGUGUCAAGGCUGAAUAUGUCUUCUGUUACGCAUACCUGAAGUCCAAAUCCGAUCAGUCAGCAAUGGACCCCACUAUGGCUGAGGACCUUGUUAAGGCCAAUGUACCACCUUUUGAAACCUUUUUGGAUUCUCUGCCUCUUGCUGGUAUCAAACCAAGGCGCAUAUUGAUUCAGAGAGCAUCAAUCAAUGAUACCACUGAGAAUGCCUCCAUGAACACAUUUCUCGGCUUUGUCAUUUAUACUGCUGUCCAGGCACAGAAAGGAGAGCCUUUGUCAUUCGGGUCGAGCAUUGAAUCUUGGCAGUUCCAACGUUGCCACUAUACAGCAAGACUCACAGGCUAUCUUAGUGAAUUGGCAGUUCUUGAAGAAAAAUGUGCGAAUCAGUUCUUCAACUCUCAAGAUGGUGGGAUGUUGACCUAUGAUUGA